CCGCGCGGUCCCGGAGCCGCCGGGCGGCGGCCGCGCAUGCGCCCCUGCCGCGCGCUCCGGCAUGCGCCGUCCGGCCGGGCUGUGGCGGGGAAAUGGCGGCGCCGGAGGGCGGCUCUGCCGCGAUGCCCGCGGCUUGUGCUGCUCCGCCUGGUCCCUCGGCGCCCGGCUCCUGGAGCCGCUCCUUGGACCGAGCCCUAGAAGAAGCGGCGGUCAGCGGGACCCUCAGUCUGAGCGGCAGGAAGCUCCGGGACUAUCCGCGAGCCAGCGCCGCCAACCACGAUCUCAGCGACACCACCCAGGCUGACUUGUCACGGAACAGACUGUCGGAGCUUCCAGCAGAGGCCUGUCACUUUGUCUCCCUCGAGACUCUGAAUCUGUACCAGAACUGCAUUCGACAUAUCCCAGAGGCUGUUUCGAACUUAAAGUCUUUAACAUUUCUAAAUAUCAGUCGAAACCAGCUUUCAACAUUGCCAGUAUACCUCUGUGAACUACCACUAAAAGUUUUGAUAGCAAGUAAUAAUAAGUUGGUUUCAAUACCUGAAGAAAUUGGACAGCUCAAACAGCUGACAGAGCUUGAUGUGAGCUGUAAUGAAAUACAGACAAUACCUCCACAGAUUGGCCGUUUGGGAUCCUUGCGAGAUCUAAAUGUCAGAAGAAAUAAUUUGGUGCGUUUACCUGAAGAGCUUGCUGAGUUGCCUUUGAUUCGAUUAGAUUUCUCCUGCAAUAAAAUAACAACAAUACCAGUUUGUUAUAGGAACCUCAGACAUCUUCAGACCAUCAUGUUAGAAAACAACCCUCUCCAGUCCCCCCCUGCACAGAUAUGUAUAAAAGGAAAAAUUCAUAUAUUUAAAUACCUGAACAUAGAAGCAUGCAAGAUAGCUCCAGACUUGCCUGAUUAUGAUAGGAGACCCAUGGGAUUUGGAUCAUGCCAUGAGGAGCUCUACUCCAGCCGUCCAUACGGAGCACUCGAUUCUGGCUUCAACAGUGUGGACAGCGGAGACAAAAGAUGGUCAGGGAAUGAACCAACAGAUGAGCUCUCAGAUCUCCCAUUACGUAUGGCAGAGAUCACCAAGGAGCAGAGAUUGAGAAGAGAAAAUCAAUACCAAGAAAACAGAGGGAGUGCAGUUGUAACUAAUGGUGGAGUGGAACACGAUCUCGAUCAGAUCGACUACAUCGACAGCUGUGCCACGGAGGAGGAGGAGGAGGAGGUGAGGCAGCCCAAGGACCUGGAGAGCCUCAGCUCGCAGUUCAUGGCCUACAUCGACCAGCGGUGCAUCUCCAGCGAGAGCUCACCAGUAAAGCCUGUAUCCAUCAGAGAAUUUCAGAGAACAGAGGAUACAAGACGACAUUCACAUCAAAACAGGGAUACAGAUGAAUUACGAAGACCUGAAACUCUAAAUUUGAUGCAGGACAGAGAGCAUCACCAAGUGCUAAGGAGUUAUGUGGACAGGACAGAGAGACCCCUGCCUGAUUCACCUUAUUUUCUCUCGCUAUCAAGUCACCACACCCAGGUGCCUCCCGCAGAUCCCGAGCUGCACCGCCGGCACAUCGAGCGCACGCGGCGCGAGGCGCAGCUGGCGGCCCUGCAGUACGAGGAGGAGAGGAUGAGAACGAAGCAGAUCCAGAGAGAAGCUGUCCUUGACUUUGUUAAGCAAAAAGCCUCCUUAAGUCCUCAGAAACAAAGCCCAAUGGACAGUGAGUGUCCCUUUCCAUCCAGAAGGUCUCAGCAUACUGAUGAUAGUGCCUUGUUAGUGAGUGAUGACAGAUCUACCAUCUCCCCUGGCUCACCUACUGCUCAGACAGUCCACCUUUCCCCUCCAUAUCCUGGCCAUGCAGCCCCGCCUUCCUAUAGAAACCCUUCCCAGCGACCUGAGAGUUUCCUUUUCCGAACAGCUGUCAGGGAUGAAGCCAAGAAAGCUGUCGCUUCAUCCUCUACCUGUGCCUUGUCUCCUGCUAAUGAUUCUGCAGAGCCUCGAGUGAGACAGAACUCCAAGCAGCGGGAGGAGGAGCUGGAGCUGAUAGAGCAGCUACGCAAGAACAUCGAGGCGCGGCUGAAGGUGUCGCUGCCCAGCGACCUCGGCGCGGCGCUCACGGACGGCGUCGUGCUGUGCCACCUGGCCAACCACGUGCGGCCCCGCUCUGUCCCCAGCAUCCACGUGCCCUCGCCGGCUGUGCCUAAACUUACAAUGGCAAAGUGCAGACGAAACGUGGAGAAUUUCUUGGAAGCUUGCAGAAGGAUUGGAGUGCCUCAGGAGCAAUUAUGUUUGCCUCUGCAUAUUUUAGAAGAGAAGGGUUUGACACAGGUAGCUGUGACUGUCCAGGCGCUCCUGGAGCUGGCACCCCCAAAGCAGCAGCCACUUCACCACUUGUCUGCUGUGUAGAGACCUCCGGGACCUUUUGGGUUACCUUGGCUAAGCAGAAGGACCUGAAGACUUUACUGCCCAUGCAGUGCAUCCAAACACACAGAGCUCUGUUCUGAGGAAAUGAGUUUCCGUGAUUCCUGACAGGAAUGUUUUACUUCAUUUCUCCAUUUUUUUUGGAGAUCACAACAGAUUCCAGUAACAUUUUUUUACUACCAGUAUUUUUGCCCCUUAUUUAAAAAAAUGAGAGUUCAUUGGGAGGAGGGCAGGGAAUUCCAGUGGCUGGCUGUUGGAGCCAGCAGUAGAAACUGACCUUGCAGGAUAAAGAAAUGGGUUUAGAGUUUGGAAAGCAAUUCCUAGGGUAAUUUGUAAAAAAAAAGGGGCGUAGCUGCAGUGGGCACACAGGGAAUUAAAUUUCUUUCCUUACCCACAGGGUGCAAAGAAAUGGAGUUUCUUUGCCACCAAAGAAUGGCUCUUUCUAUUAUAAUACUUUUAAAAUUGCAUAACACAAUCUUAACCUGCAGUAUUUGAUAACAGGGUCAAACCUCACACAGCUGUCACUUGCCUUGGCAUGUCUUCAUUACUGAGAGUUGAAGAAAAAAAACACUUUUUUUUUUCCCUGUGGAAAAAUUAGUGCACGUUUUUUCUGCCAGAAACACCUUAGUAAAAGAUGCUAAGUCAGAUCUUUUCAAAUGGGAUUAAUCCCAUUAGCAUUCUUGCUGGGUUCACUUUCAGUCUGAAUUUUAAUGUCUUUAUCUGAACAGUUUUCCAACAGCAGUGGAGGGAGAUUGCCCCUGUCCUCACAUCCCCUUCUGCUGUUUUGUGGGAUCACCAGAAUCCCGUGCAUUUCCCUGCAGUGGGUGCAGUGCCAGCCUGCCCUGCUGCUCAUUAGAAGCUGUACCAGCUACCACAUUUAUGAGGGGCUGAGGCAGCCCCUGCAGGCACAGAGUGGAUCAUGUUAAGAGCACAGUUCUCAAGUUCCCCAGGUGGGCUGGGUGUUGUCAGAGCAGCGUCUGUACUAAGGCAGCUCUGAAGGGUUAGACAAGGCUUUCAGUAAAGCCCUUUGUUAGUUGGAGUGUGUGUAGAGAGGUGUGCUGGUUUUACAGAACUGCUGUUACUUCAUUCCUCUUUCCUUAACAUAAAAAUGGAAAUUCACUGUACAGAAGUGGGAGAGGCAGCUGACAAGUUUUA